AUGCCAAAACAACGGGAAGAAUCGGAAGCGAGAGGUACCAACGAGACGACGCCGAAUGCUUGUCAGGCAUGCAACGAGUUGGAUAAUUCGCGAAUGGUCCAGUGUGACAUGUGUGAUGACUGGUACCACUUCGACUGCGUAGGGGUCAACCAAGACGUCGAGAAUCACGAUUGGCUUUGCUCAGUCUGUAUGGAGAAGCAGCAAACCAAGAACAAAAAGUCGACGAAAUCUAUUCCCCUGCCGGUACCGUCUAAACCUUUGCCGAAUCCAGUGCAUACUAAUAAUCCCCCGAAAGCCCAACAAGUUUUGGAGGAUAACUUGAGCCAGCAUUCCGCAGCAAUUUUCGGACAGUCCGUCAAGCAAAGACAGUUGCAAAUGGAGUUGCAGAUUUUGGACGACGAGAGGAAAAUACAGGAAGAGGAAGAAGCUAAUCGGCGUCAGUAUCUGCGUAAGCGACACGAGUUGAUGACGAAGAUGGUCCGCGAAACCGCGCCUGUUGCUGAUGUCGAGGAAGAGCGAUCGAAUCAACGAGUUUCUGAGUGGAUAAGUGAGACGGUUAAUGCGAAUGUACAGGAUACGCACUGUCCACGGGCUGACGUUGUUCCGGAACAAUUUUCACAAAGAAUCCAACGCAGUUCCACUCCACCUGCUGCUGCGUCAUCUCAUCCACACGAAACGCCACAAAAUAUGCAACCAAUUUCCAACCAAAGGAUAGAGAAUGCAGAAGGUGGUUUUAUCCCGAGACGGCGCUCGACACCAAGGCAGACUUCAAUUUAG